AUGUAUCAAAAUGGCUCUAAUCAACCCAGUCCAACAACCAACAAUAAUAAUAUGGGUUUUCGGCAGCCACGAAAUAUGAAUAACACUAGCAGCAAUAGCAAUAAUCAGUAUAUUGGUGAUAUACCAUAUGGAAUGACGGAACAAAUGAUGAUGAUGCAACAACAACAACAACAAAAUAAUCAAUUACCUCCCUCACAACAACAACACUAUUCACCGAGAAGUCCCUCAUCUCCAAUUCUCUAUGUUCAUCAUUCACAACAAGUACAAUCACCACCACCACAACAGCAAUUAUAUAAUAAUAUGGCAAUGCAACAAGGUUCAUUCAUGGGUAGUGGAGGAGGAAUUGUAUAUAACCAACCUCAUCCAUCACAACAACAAACUAAUAAUUACAUUGAUGAUGGAAAUUUAUCGGCAACAGGAAGUGUUGGUUCAAUGAGAAUGGCUCCUAGUAUAGGUAUUCGUCCAUCAUCUAAUACUUCAUCUUAUUAUGCGGAAUUGCAAAUGGAAUCACAAGCCCUUUCUCAACAAUUUGAAAAACUCAAAGAUCAACGAAAUCAAGUGAGAAAUGAAUUGGGACAUUUGGAGGAAUUAAUUUUCAAAUAUCAAGAAAGAAAGAGCAUGAUGGAAGAUAAGGAAAGGAGAUUGGAUAAACUACAACAAACAAUACGACAGAAAUUGAAAGGUGUACAGGAAAAGAUUUUCAAACUAGAUGAGAAAACUAACAAGGGUGAAGAAAUCAAGUACAAGGCUCAAUUUAAUGGAAAGAUUAAUAAUAAUAAUGGAAGAGGGGAUGAAACAAAUAAUAAUCAGGGAUCAUCCCCUGCAACAAUACCCGAGGAGGAAAUUACUAACAACUUGACUAACAAUAAUCAAAUUUUGGAAUCAAUUACCAUUUCAGAUGUUCAAUCUGAAGAUGAUAAUGAAUCACAAAAUUUAGAUGAUAUCAUUAACGAGGAUAUAGACGAUGAUGCUUGGAUUUCACUUCCAGCCAACAUUUAUCAUCAAAUGAGUAAUAAUAAUAGAACUCAAAUUAGUCACAAUGUUUACCGACCUCAAUUAUCAACUAGGAAUAAGCACAGAGCUUUUCAACAUCACACCUUGGACGAUGUCGUUUUCAGUACUCAAUUUAGAACUCGUUCAGCAUCAUUUAAUUUUCAACAAUCUACUUCUGGCCAAAUGACACCCAGAACCUAUAGAAAGAAGGUUUUGAAAGAAUUGGCUGACUCUGAUACACCCUUUGAUCUUUCUGAAUGUACAUUAAGAGGACAUACCAAGAGUAUUACAUCCCUACACAUGAUUGGCUCUCGAUUUGUCAUUUCAGGAUCAGCUGACUGCAGUGUACGUGUCUGGGAUUUACAAUCAAAGAAGUGUCUUCAAACUCUUUUCGGUCACUCUGGUUGGGUUCGUUCAGUAACCUCCGAUUUUGUUGAUGUAACAGAAGGUGAGGAAUACGAAAGACUCAUUGACGAUUUAAAGUUUGUAGUGAGUGGCUCUGGAGAUGGUACAAUCAGAUUGUGGGAUGUGAGUAAUCCAGACCUUGAAGAAAAAUGUCUGAGAAUUCUGAAAGGACAUGAAGGAGGUGUCACCUGUGUGAAGAGUGAUAUCAAUGGUGUUAUCAUCAGUGGUAGUGUUGAUAAGACUGUCAAAGUUUGGGAUAAGAAUCAGAGUGAAUGUGUACAGACUCUAAUUGGACAUGAAAGAUAUGUCAAGACACUCCAAUUCAAAUCUCAAUUCCUAGUGACAGGAGGUGGUGAUAAGUGUAUGCGUUUGUGGGAUUUGCGUUCAGGAAAAUGUAAUAAGAGAAUUAACACUCACGAUGCAAUUAAUGUAUUGCAAUUUACCGAUGAUAGAAUUAUUGUUGGUUGCCAGAGUGGACAAAUCUUGGACUAUGAUCUUAAAGCUGGAAAACUUUUGGAUUCUCUUGCAAGUCAUGGAGGCCCAAUAUCUGGAUUGAAAUUCCUUGGGUCAAGGCUCAUAUUUUCAUCAACUGUACCAAUAACUUCAGCAUUUAAGAAUGGUACAAAUGAAACUGCUGCAUACUCCUCAACAAGAAAUUCAACAAGCAAGAUGAAUGGUAGAUCAUUCCUCUGCCUUAAUCCGAUUGAAUAUAAUUUGGAAACAAAGAAAACAACGAGAGAAUUUUUUGGACACAUAGGUUCUGUAAAUAGUUUAGAUUUCAGUUCCACAAAAUUGGUGACAGGUUCAACGGACCACACCAUUAAAUCAUGGACACUGUAAAGACAGGGAAUUUUAAGUCAAAAUAAAAUUUAAUAGGACACUUGUAUUACU